GCUCGGGGCGGGGCGCGGCGCGCUAGGCGGGCUGGGCCACGCGGAGUCGCGGCCUUUGUGCAGUGGGGGCCGGGCCCGGAGCCCAGGCGUCAUGAACGUAGGGUGCUGUCUGCCUGGUAACGAAGCCCCUUGGGCGGUGGGCCCGAAGCCAUCGCCUCGCCUUCUGGCGGGAGAGGUGUGGGCAGGGACACCUCAACGCCCUGAACUCUGCCUGUUUUGUUUGUUUGGAAAAAGCCAAGAAACCGCCCAAGUCUCCACCAAAUUACCCGUGGAUGAAGUGUCAUGUAGCUUAUCAGAAUGUGGUUUUACAGUAACAAUGAACGUUGUAGAAAUAAAUGGCAAGUGGCAACCUGUUGACAGCGAUACAUGUCAAGUAGUAUCAUCCAGUGGAUUUGGGUUGCUCAUGGUAGGAAUUUGAUUUGCCAUCUUGCAUGCUUGCAUGUACCUUAUUGCCAGAUGCAGAGAUGUCCUGUGUUGGGUGGGUUGUUGACUCUUGUAUGCCAGUCACUAUUAGGGUGCCCACUCUGCUGGCUCAAACUAGACUCCCAGCCUUGGAAGUGGCUCAGUUCCCACUGUAAUCCAUCACUAACCGAAGGUAGUGAAAGGCUGGCCCAGCGAGUGCGGCCUGUCAGUUUAGAAUAGGAUUUGCGGGGUGACAAAGGAAUUGAUGAGGUCAUACUGCCUUUGGAUUGAGCGGGAGGCUGCAGCCGGAGCACUGGCCAUGCGUUCAGCAAGUAGGAGUUGUUCACAUGUUUUGGGUAAGCCCUCUGCCAGGGUCCAGGGGAGCCAGCAGUGGGUCUGACUUGCUCACAGUCUAAUUGGCAAAUCAAGAUCUGCAUCCAUAGAUCCAGUCAGCUGAAGAAUAGUGAGGUUCACAGGCAGGAGGGCUACCCUUUGAGCUGCGUUGCCAGACAUGUGGUGGAGCAGGCAGUUCACAGUGGCUGUCUGAAUUUUACCUUGUGAGAAACAUGAUUUUGACUGGUUUGCCCAGUUUGGCCUUCUCUUGUCAUCAUUCCCCUCCCAUGUGAUCCCAUGUAGUUUUCACAUCAGUUUCCUUUGACAUCUUCCAUGACUCCCAUCUCCAAUGCUGUCUGUCCUCCCUUCUGAUCUCCAAUCUCCUGCUUCUAGUUGUUUAUUUCACUUUAAUACCAAAUAGGUUGAUUCACUCCAAGAUAUAACCACAGUCCGUGCCAGAACAAUCCUUAUGCCUGUCUAAAGUCACCUUGGUGCCUCUCAUAGGCUGCAUGCAUCUCCUAAGAAGCCUUGCCACCUGUUUACAACACCAGACCAUUUCCCAGAAACUGCAACCUAAAGUCCCUGUCCAAGCUAUCUGGUGGAAGAAGAAAGGUGCCACUUUGGCAUGAAGAUAGACUCACUUAGACGUCAAUCUUUUAAGCUGAGUGCAUUGUGAUUUCCAAUAAUUGAGGCAGUGGUUCUAAAAGCUGUCUACAUUAAUGAAAAGAGCAAUGUGGCCAGCUUGACUAAGCCGCCAGUGUGUACAGCGCGGGCAGGACGACACCGGGUCUCGACGGACUUGUGCAUGUUAGCAGUAUAGAUUUAUGUAAGGUGGUUUAAAACUCUGGUCUUUUAAAGUAGUCUUAACUGCUCAUAAUAUGGAGACAUAUGAGAGUCCCUCUCCUCUCCCGCGUGAGCCCGCAGGAGAAGCGAUGAUGGAGAACCGAGCUUGCCCCUUCCAAGUGCUGCCCCAUGAACAGUCUCCACCACCUCCCCUGCAAACGUCCAGUGAUGCAGAGGUAAUGGACGUUGGCUCUGGUGGUGAUGGACAGUCCGAACCUCCUGCCGACGACCCAUUCAACUUCUACGGAGCUUCUCUUCUCUCCAAAGGAUCCUUCUCUAAGGGCCGCCUCCUCAUAGACCCGAACUGUAGUGGCCACAGCCCGCGCACUGCCCGGCACGCACCUGCGGUCCGGAAGUUCUCCCCUGACCUUAAGUUGCUUAAGGAUGUAAAGAUUAGCGUGAGCUUUACUGAGAGCUGCAGGAGUAAGGACAGGAAGGUGCUGUACACAGGAGUAGAACGCAGCACUCGGCCUGAGUGUAGCCAGCUCCUUAGUCCUGUCAGUGGGGACGUGCAUGCUUGUCCCUUUGGCGGGAGUGUUGGUAAUGGGGUAGGCCUAGGGGGUGAGAGUGCAGAUAAGAAGGAUGAGGAAAAUGAGCUGGAUCAGGAAAAGAGAGUGGAGUAUGCAGUGCUCGAUGAGUUAGAAGAUUUUACUGACAAUUUGGAGCUAGAUGAAGAAGGAACAGGCGGGUUCACGGCUAAAGCAAUCGUUCAAAGAGACAGAGUGGAUGAAGAGGCCUUGAAUUUCUCUUAUGAGGAUGACUUUGACAAUGAUGUGGACGCUUUACUAGAAGAAGGUCUCUGUGCUCCCAAGAAGAGGCGAAUGGAGGAAAAAUAUGGCGGAGACAGUGAUCAUCCAUCUGAUGGAGAGACAAGUGUCCAGCCAAUGAUGACCAAGAUUAAAACAGUGCUCAAAAGUCGUGGCCGUCCACCUACAGAGCCAUUGCCUGAUGGAUGGAUCAUGACUUUUCAUAACUCUGGAGUCCCUGUAUACCUGCACAGAGAGUCUCGAGUGGUCACUUGGUCCAGACCCUACUUCUUGGGAACAGGAAGCAUACGGAAACAUGAUCCUCCUCUAAGCAGUAUCCCCUGUCUACAUUAUAAGAAAAUGAAGGACAAUGAGGAACGAGAACAAAACUGUGAUCUUGCCCCCAGUGGAGAGGUGUCACCUGUCAAGCCCUUGGGUCGAUCUGCAGAGCUGGAUUUCCCUCUGGAAGAGCCUGACUCCAUGGGUGGAGACUCAGGGUCCUUGGAUGAGAAGGACCCAUUGGGGGCUGAGGCAGCCGCUGGAGCCCUGGGACAAGUGAAGGCUAAAGUUGAGGUGUGCAAAGAUGAAUCAGUUGAUCUGGAGGAAUUUCGUAAUUACCUUGAGAAGCGUUUUGACUUUGAACAAGUAACUGUGAAAAAAUUCAGGACUUGGGCUGAGCGACGUCAGUUCAACCGUGAGAUGAAGCGGAAGCAGGCCGAGUCAGAGAGGCCCAUCCUGCCAGCCAACCAGAAGCUGAUCACUCUAUCUGUACAAGAUGCACCCACAAAGAAAGAGUUUGUCAUCAAUCCCAAUGGGAAGUCUGAGGUUUGCAUCCUGCACGAAUACAUGCAGCGUGUCCUCAAGGUCCGCCCUGUUUAUAAUUUCUUUGAAUGUGAGAAUCCAAGUGAGCCUUUUGGUGCCUCCGUGACCAUUGAUGGUGUGACUUACGGAUCUGGAACUGCAAGCAGCAAAAAACUUGCGAAGAAUAAAGCUGCCCGAGCCACCCUGGAAAUUCUCAUCCCUGACUUUGUUAAACAGACCUCUGAGGAGAAGCCUAAAGACAGUGAAGAACUGGAGUAUUUUAACCACAUCAGUAUUGAGGAUUCACGAGUCUAUGAGCUGACAAGCAAGGCUGGGCUGUUGUCUCCAUAUCAGAUCCUCCAUGAGUGCCUUAAAAGAAACCAUGGAAUGGGUGACACAUCCAUCAAGUUUGAAGUGGUUCCUGGGAAAAAUCAGAAGAGUGAAUAUGUUAUGGCAUGCGGCAAACACACAGUGCGCGGGUGGUGUAAGAAUAAACGAGUUGGGAAACAAUUAGCAUCUCAGAAAAUUCUUCAGCUACUGCACCCACAUGUCAAGAACUGGGGGUCCUUACUGCGCAUGUAUGGUCGUGAGAGCAGCAAAAUGGUCAAGCAGGAGACCUCUGACAAGAGUGUGAUAGAGCUACAGCAGUAUGCCAAGAAGAACAGGCCCAACCUUCACAUCCUGAGCAAGCUACAAGAAGAGAUGAAGAGGCUGGCUGCAGAGCGGGAGGAGACUCGGAAGAAACCCAAGAUGUCAAUUGUAGCAUCUGCCCAGCCUGGUGGUGAGCCCUUGUGCACAGUUGAUGUAUGAGGUAGGCAGCAUGGGCCAACAGUGCUACCCAGGAGAGACCAUCAGCCACACAUCAUCACUCUGCAGCAUCAGGCCUCCAACCUAAGCUCCUUCCCUGUGGCAGGGUCUGGGCUCUGGCUCUGGCUCAUGGGGACAGCUGUGACUACACAGUACACAUGCAAAGAAGCAGUUCUGGACAAGCUGCUCUCAAUGUGACUGGAUAUACUUAAGGAUCAGUCAUAAGUUAACUGCACAAGUGGAAGCUGAUAGACAGCUGUAGAUCCUGCUUGUAUGUAUCUGCUGCGGACCGUUUUUAUGAAGGUUUUCAUUAAUUUUAGUACACUAUAUGCACUGACAAGAAGUAAUACUUCGUUGAUAGAUGAGAUGACCAGGUUUUAUAGCUUUGGCUGGCCUAUGAUGUCAGGUAGCCCCUUUGCUAUUAUGGUUCUUUCUGGUGGAGCCACUGAGACUUGGUCAGAAGAUGCAGGUAUCCUGUCCUGUAGUAUUACCUGCUUUGUGUGUUUUGCAUUUUCUUCUGAAAAAGUUAUAACAGAAAGGCUAUUUCAGGCUAUUUUGGCUUAAAAUAAAACAAAAUUUUAGCA